AAAUAUAAAGGCAGGCCCGUAAGUAAAAUGACCCCCUCCUUGUCGUACGUAGAAAAUUCCUUUCCGCCACACAUAUUCUUUGAUCUGGAGCACCAUAUCGGCGACGGCGGAGACACGAGACAAGCAGCAUUCUCCGCCACGGCGCAGUCAGAUAAGAAUAUUGUCUCAGACGAAAUGGGCGAAGAAACCCCUGGAAACGACAUAAUAUACCUCCAUGGCGACCUGGACCUGAAGAUCAUCGAAGCCCGGUGCCUCCCCAAUAUGGACCUCCUGGUGGAGCGCCUCCGCCGUUUCCUCACCGCCUUCAAGACCUUCCAGAAGCCCCUCACCCCUCACUGCCGCCGCCGCCGCCACAAGCAGCACAGCAAGAUCAUCACCAGCGACCCCUACGUCACCGUGUGCCUCGCCGGCGCCCGCGUGGCCCGCACCCGCGUCAUCUCCAAUUCCCAGAACCCCGCCUGGAACGAGCAUUUCAAGAUCCCUCUCGCCCACCCCGUCUCCCAGAUCGAGUUCGAGGUCAAGGACAACGACGUCUUCGGUGCCGACCGGAUCGGGGUGGCCACGGUGGCGGCCAGCCGGAUCGCCUCGGGGGAGACGAUCGACGAGUGGAUCCCGCUGAUCGGGCCGCAGGGGCGGCCGUACAAGCCGGACACGGCGGUGCGCCUGGAGAUCACGUUCACGCCGUGCAGCGAGAACCCGGCGUACCGGCAGGGCGUGACGGAGAAGUACGCGCUGCGGGAGAGCUACUUCCCGCUGCGGCACGGGGGGAAGGUGACGCUGUACCAGGACGCGCACGUGCCGGAUGGGAUGCUGCCGGAGAUCCAGCUCGACGGGGACCGCAGCUUCGAGCACGACAAGUGCUGGGAGGACAUAUGCCACGCCAUCAUGGAGGCGCACCACAUGGUGUAUAUCGUGGGAUGGUCCAUAUACCACAAGGUGAGGCUCGUGAGGGAGGCGUCGCGGCCGCUGCCCCGCGGCGGAAACCUCACGCUGGGGGAGCUCCUCAAGUAUAAGUCGCAGGAAGGGGUGAGGGUGCUGCUCCUGGUUUGGGACGAUAAGACUUCGCAUAGCAAGUUCUUCAUCAAUACUACAGGAGUAAUGGAAACUCAUGACGAAGAAACUCGGAAAUUUUUUAAGCACUCGUCUGUCACGUGCGUGCUUGCUCCUCGUUAUGGCAGCAAUAAGCUUAGCAUUUUCAAACAACAGGUAGUGGGAACUAUUUACACUCACCAUCAGAAAUGCGUGAUUGUGGACACUCAAGACCACGGCAACAACCGGAAAAUCACGACAUUCAUCGGCGGUCUGGACCUGUGCGACGGGCGGUACGAUACACCGGAGCACCGACUGUAUCGUGAUCUGAAGACUGUGUUUCGUGGCGACUAUCACAACCCCACAUUCGGUCCAGGAACUAAGGCUCCAAGACAGCCAUGGCACGAUCUCCACUGCAAGAUAGAAGGUCCCGCUGCUUAUGACAUUCUCACCAAUUUCGAGCAGCGAUGGAAGAAAGCCACCAAAUGGUCCGAGAUUGGUCAGAAGUUGACCAGAUAUUCGCGCUGGCACGAUGCUUUGAUCAAGAUUGACAAAAUCUCCUGGAUCAACAGCCCUUCCAUGAAUAUCCCUAAUGAUCAUCCUCUGCUCUGGGUUUAUGAGGAAAAUGAUCCUGAUAACUGGCAUGUUCAGAUUUUCCGUUCCAUAGAUUCCGGAUCGCUCAAGGGAUUUCCCAAGAGUGUGUAUGCAGCAGAAAAGCAAAAUCUAGUUUGUGCUAAAAAUCUGGUGAUAGACAGAAGCAUUCAAAUGGCUUAUAUCCAAGCAAUCAGAUCUGCUCAACACUUCAUUUACAUUGAGAAUCAAUAUUUCCUUGGCUCAUCUUAUGCUUGGCCCGACUACAAACAUGCAGGGGCGGACAAUUUAAUCCCAAUGGAACUGGCAUUGAAAAUAGUGAGCAAAAUAAGGGCCAAGGAGAAGUUCACAGUUUAUAUUGUUAUUCCAAUGUGGCCAGAGGGUGUUCCUAGUUCUGCAGCUGUUCAAGAAAUCCUUUACUGGCAGGCACAGACGAUGCAAAUGAUGUAUGAACUUAUUGCUAAAGAAAUUAAAUCAGCAAAUCUUGAGAAUGCGCAUCCAACCGACUAUCUCAAUUUCUACUGUCUUGGCAACCGCGAGGAGUAUCACAAAAAAUCGUCGACCGGGAGUAGCCAUGCCUCGUCAAAUGCAAAUGCAGAAGCAAGCACGAGCAAGACAAAAUCAGGUCGGUUUAUGAUCUAUGUGCAUGCCAAGGGAAUGAUAGUGGACGACGAAUAUGUAAUAAUCGGGUCGGCCAACAUCAACCAACGGUCCAUGGCCGGUUCAAGAGACACUGAGAUCGCCAUGGGAGGGUAUCAACCCCAUCACACCUGGGCCAAGAAGCAGCAGCAUCCACGCGGCCAGGUGUAUGGCUACAGAAUGUCACUGUGGGCAGAGCAUUUAGGCAGAAUCGAUCCAUGCUUCAAGGACCCCAACCACCCCGACUGUGUCGACUAUGUUAACCAGCUUGCACAAGACAACUGGAAGCGAUUCACAGCUGACAAGUUCACGCCGCUGCAAGGUCAUAUUCUCAAGUAUCCAGUCGACAUCGAUGCUCAUGGAAAACUCAAUUCUCUGCCUGGAUUUGAGACCUUUCCAGAUGUUGGUGGUAAGGUCUUAGGGGCUCCAACUAAUCUGCCUGAUGCUUUAACUACCUAGCUAGAUCUUUCUUUUUCUUUCUAAUUAUAUUCUAUAUUUAUUUACCUAUAUAGCAAUUCACUAUAUUAUUCUUUCAUGAUCAUAUGCUACAAUUUGAUCAUCGGA